AGGAAAUAAAGCUUUUCGACGCAAGAACGCUUGCGCUUUGCAGCCGUUCGAAGUGACAUCUUUACGUUAAGCGUGGUAAUCUGCCGUUUGUAACUUCUUGCACCUGCGAUUUACAACGAAUUUUCCAACUCUUUACACCUAGGCUCGCAGUUUUGAUUCUUGCAACUGCAAACCGUAACCGUAAGGCGUAAGAGUUUAAGUUUCCAAAAGAGGACGAUCUUGCUUCCCUCAAUUUUUGCAAAGUUGCUAGACUACAGCCGUCGCUGCGACAAGUGUGGUUCACAGCACACAAAAAAUGUCAUCAUUCUCACCUCUGCGUGAUAAAACGGGCUGGUCUACUUCCCGUAAGGCCUCCCCCUCGGCAGCACGCUUUCCAAAAAAUGAAGCAGCUGGAACCUCCCGUUUACUCACAUUGGCAGCCUUGUGCACCACGAUACCAGGAUCUGAAGACUUCUUUCAGUUGCAGACAGCACAAGGCGUGAAACUGAAUAAAGUCGGAACCCUACUUUCGACGAAGGCUACGUCGAGAAAGGAUCAAGAAGUCGAACGGGACCGCAUUACUACAGCUCCUGGCACCAUACCAUCCGCAUCAAGUUCAACCUCGCGGUGGUGUAGUACCUCCCCAGCACCAGUGCAGCUCGAAAGAAAUGAUCAGCAGCAGCACGACAUCAACGAGCGCCUGCUUCCUAAACGACGGGUGGACCACGACGUUUCAGAGCACCACCAGCCCUGGUUUUACUGUUUCACCCCCAACCAGGGAACCUACGACAUGCAGGCGAUGCAUGACGAAGUGGAGGCUUUGAAGCGACAAAGUUUGGUCGAGGAACAACAAGCGGAAGCAGACAACGUGGCGCGACAAAUAGAUCACGGCGUGCAGCUGGACCACCAGGAGCCGGGGUCGACGUCGGCGGACGAUCUAGAUCACGGUGACCUUCUCGACGUUCAGCGGCAGCAGCAACAAACAAGCCUGGACCUCCGGGAGGUACAACCGCUGAGAGCACCGAGAGCUCCCACCUGCAGUGACUUUUUAGCAGAACAGCACACACUGGUGAGUCUGGCUCUACUCUCUGCGACGUCAUCGGCGUGUGGCGAAAGCCAGGCUGAGAAUGGUAGGAGCAAUGGUCGUGGUCCUCGUGAGGCAGGACUAAGGACUCGAGGACAAGAUGCAGCUCUGCCUGCUGUGUCGUCGUGGUUCACGCCCAACAACAUGAUGAACAAGAACGGCGAGCAGGCGUAUGACAAGAACAUGCAGGCGAUGCACGAAGAGGUCGAAAGGCUGAAGCGACAAACUCGCUUGGAAGCGGAAGCGGAUCUGGCUCAGCUGUUGUAUCAGGGGACAACUAGUACUUCGUCUGCAUCUCCUCGGCACCAGAUGGAAUUAGCUGAAGCGCAGCAGCGGGAGGGAGAGGAAUGAAUUUCGCAGUAGGUGAAGUUGAUGAGGCCGCGGCCUCCGAGGUCUUGUUCGUGAGAAAUGCUACGUACAGCUGCUGCACGCAGGGAUAAGUAUAUAGAAGCUCCCCGACUUUAACCCGGAGGUGGAGACUUUGAAAAAAAAAACGUAAAAAGAUUCUGCGGAGCAACCAAAUUGGGCUCUUCGGUGCAGGUAUUUGUGCGGUGCGAAAUGUGACGUCGAAUAUGGUGCUCUUGAGAGUGAAAUGCAGUGCUAGUGGGUUCUAAAAGUAGCUGGUAGCAGGAGGCCUACCGCCUACGCAUAAAAAAACCGGAUAGAGUUUAUAGUUUUUGCACCAGAUGAAAAAACUGCGCAAUAAACACCUGCAGAGCGUGCUAUGAUGAACUAAAUGCACCUGGACCUAUACACGGUUCUCUUGGACCUAAUCGCAAAUCAACUUUUUCGACGGACAACAAAAACUGAGACAAUCUUUCUCAUAUAUUUGCCUAUUGAGAAUCUGCACG